GUUGGUAACAUGCAUUAACAAUUGUUGAUUUGUUUUGUUAUUUUAAAACAAAACGUUAUUUAAAACAAAAAUCCAAAGAUGUCGCAGACAUUCGAGGGUACGGAAACCCUCAAGAUAGAGGCUCUCGAAUUUAUCUACGAGGAUGAAGAAUGUUUCAACAUCGAAAUACAGUCUAUGAAACAGGACAAUGAGCCGGUGAAACUUAAACGGCUGGUGUGCAAACUGAGCGGAUGCACUUACUCCACGGACAGGAGGAGGGACUUGAAGCGCCACAGGCGCUCCCAGAAACACGAGCACGAGGAGUACCGAUCGGACUCCGAAUCCGACGUGGAUCGCUCCCUGUUCUCCUGCAAGGUCUGCGACUACACGACGGCCAAGCGAUUCUGCUAUGUGCGGCACAAGGAGUCGAAGCGCCACAUCAUGAGGGAGAUGGAGGAGUGCGAAAAGCUGAUGGACGAGGCAGACAGGGAGGAAAUUCACACGAAGCGUAGAAGAAGAGUGGAGGAGGAGCCAGUGGCCUCGGAUUCUGAAACAUCACAACACACCGACAAUAUACUGUUCACUUGCAUGCCCAGUGACUACAGCACCAAGCCAAAAUCCUGCCUAGAAACCCACUCAAGUUCGCAGGAGCACAAUGAUAUACAGAGGCUGCUGGAGCCGAGCGAGUACAUAGAGUAUAUUCCCCAGGAGGAAAAGCAGAUGGUGGAGGUAACCGAAGACGACUAUCAACCCUUCAAGCAAGGCAGUUCCACCUUCGAGUGCGCGGCCUGUGAGUACAGAACAGCCCGGCGAUUCGCCUUCGUUCGCCACCUGCAGUCGACGAGGCACCUGUCCAGAAUGCAGGAGCGGGAUGAUAACUUGGAGUCGGCAAAUGACCUGGAUGAACUCGAAGGCGGAGAGGAGGAUAAUGUUGUGGUGGAGUUUGAUGAAGGGGAUACUAUUCACGACCUGGAGGAGGUAAAUGCCCUGCCAGGGGAAGAUGUAAUGGUAGAGAUUGAUGCCCUGGAGGGGCAAGAUGGACUGGCGGAGACUGGAUCGCUGGUGGAGAUCGAGGAGCUGAUCCAAACAGAACACGGGUUUGAAGUAGUAGAGUAUGCACCUGCAGAAGAAAAUGUUUACGAGGAAAUCGUCUACCUGCCCACCGAAGAGCAACCAGAGGAUAUCUGUUACUUUAUAGCGCUCGAACAAUAAGAAGAUUCGGCAGUGUCCAAGUUUUUAAUAAAUAACUUUUUUGAUAAGCAAAUAUUCUUGAAGUCAUCAUCUUCUAAGGCCACAAAUUGCCUAACCGACUUGUAAAUCCUUACAAUGACAAUGAAUAUAUGAUAUAAUCUUUAUAUGUACAGGGUACAUUGUACAUGCAUGUGUAUCUAACUUAUUGACUCUAUUCUUAAAGUCAAGACGUUCUCUGGCCAUUCAAUGCCAAAUCAAUUUGUUAAAGUGUUAUGAACUUUUAAUAUAAACCUUGUUUGAAACGUCAAUCAUUUUUUUUCAAACUAUCCGUGGGAGAAGGAAGUGUGAUGUGUAGUGUUGGUAACCGUUUAUUAAAGUUUUGUAGACUCGUCAUUUGUUUAUUAUCUGCGAAAACAACUAGAAAAUACAGGAAAUUGUAGUUUUUAAAUAUCCAAUAUUUAUUUACUUACAGGUCCUAAACUACUUUUUACAUUUUUGUAAUUUUUUUUUUAAUUUUUAACAGUUUCCUAAGAAUUUGAAAACAUUUUCGAUUUGAUGAACAACCCUUAAUAAUUAUU